GUGUCAGCAGUUCAAGACUGUCUUUUCUACCUACCUUCUUCAGUGCCUACUUCCUUGAUAAGAUGUUAAAACCAGGGCUGAGCAGAAAGGGACCCUCUGCUCACAUCCCGCCCGCGCGCCCGCCUGCCCGCCAGGGAGAGCCGCCGCCGCCGCCGCCCGGCUCAGAGGGAUCCCGCCGGACCUGCCCCUUCCACUGCGGCUCACUCUGCCCUGCCUGGCGCCGGUCCUGGAUCGCCGGCUUCCUAUUUAUACCGGACUGGGCUCCUUUCGACUCACUUUACCAUCCCGUUCCAGGCUGGCGACUUCGCUGCUGAGCUGAAACUGCUAAUUUCUGUGACCAGCUUUUUUCUUAGCUGUGAUCUGGAUGAAUGAGUAGCUGUCUCACAGAGAUGACAAAAAUAAACUCUAAUCCCCCCCAAAAUUUCCACUACAUCUUUCUCAUGCAUAGAUUUAUGAUCUUCAAGCGCUCUGUGCAAUAUGCAAACUUUUUUUGUGUCUGUAUAUAUGCUGUUGUUUCCAGAUUUCACUACAUUGGUAUGCUGCUUUUCCCUUCCCCCUACACCUCCCCCCCACCCCCAGCACUAUGAAAUGCAGAAACAGUCUGAUCUCAAAGUAUGCUAAGAUACCACUUUAUUCUGUUUUGGUAUUUGGGGUUUGGGUCUGUCCUGGAAGACACUAGCCCUUGCCUACAAGGUGAGUGGCUGAGGAUACACAGCGGGUUGAGGGGAGUAGCGCUGGUAGACAGAAUAGAGGACAGCCCUUUGCUUUACAUUUGCUUCCCAUAAAGCACUAUUCAAGGUUUAUGAUCUUAUUUGAAAACAUA